CCGCCCUCUGGCGGCUCCGCUCCUUCUUCCCAUCGGCCUCGGCUUGCGGGCCUUUCAAACAUGGAGGAGCGGGAGCGGGGGGCGAGGUCGGCUCGCGCCGGGAGCCCCGCGCGCCCGCCGAGCCCGCGGCUGGAUGUCAGCUCUGACAGCUUCGACCCUCUGCUGGCCCUGUACGCGCCCCGCCUGCCGCCCAUCCCCUACCCCAACGCGCCCUGCUUCAACAACCUGGCCGAGUACGAGAGCUUCCUCAGGACCGGGGUCCGGGGCGGCGGGCGCGGGCGGGCGCGGAGCGCGGCCGCUGGCUCGGGGGUCCCCGCCGCCGCUGCUGGGCCCUCGGCCAGAACCCGCCGCCGCCAGGACGCCCCCGCUCCAGACCCCGAGCGCAUCCAGCGCCUCCGUCGCCUCAUGGUGGCCAAGGAAGAAGGGGACGGGGCCGCUGGGGCGCGCCGGCGGGGUCCGGGUCGGAGCAGGAAGGCGCCGCGCAACGUGCUCACGCGGAUGCCCUUGCAUGAAGGCAGCCCUCUGGGUGAGCUCCAUCGUUGUAUCCGGGAGGGAGUGAAGGUGAAUGUUCACAUACGCACUUUCAAGGGUCUUCGGGGCGUCUGUACAGGCUUCCUCGUCGCCUUUGACAAGUUCUGGAAUAUGGCACUUACUGAUGUGGAUGAGACCUACCGAAAACCUGUUCUAGGCAAAGCAUAUGAGCGGGAUUCUUCAUUGACUCUAACUAGGCUGUUUGAUCGCCUAAAACUUCAAGAUUCUUCCAAAAAAGAAGGAGAUUCUAAGUCUGCAGUUGAAGACUCCACUCUGUCCAGAUAUUCCCAGACGUCUACUUGGAAGGUGGCUUCAGUGUGGGGAAGAGGAGAUACUGACCGGGGCUCACGCAGGCGUUCCCGCUCCGUUCCUUCUUCCCUGCAGGCAUCUGCAAGGGAGGAGUCCAGGUCAGAUAUGUCAGGGAGGACUACACGGACAGAAGGGUCAAGUGCGGGAGGUACCUUUUCCAGGGCCACCACCCUUUCCAGGGGCCAGCCCCGUAAGAAAAAGCGAAAGCCCAAAGUGGAUUACCAGCAGGUAUUCACUCGACACAUAAAUCAGAUUUUCAUUCGAGGCGAGAAUGUCCUGCUGGUUCAUCUUGCACAGUGACCAGCUCGACCUCAUGGGAGCUUUGGUUUUUAGAAAUAAAAUGCAUGAAUUGCUGCUAUGCUGUAUCCUAGUACCCUAGUGAAACUCUGAGUUGGAAUAAUUCCCUCUGGUCAUGCAUGUACAGAGCAUAGAGCCAGGCUCAGGCCCUCUGGAAGAGGAGCUCCCUCCAGGGGAGGGAGGGUAUUUGCAUUAGUAUCAGGUCAGAAGCUGUACGGAGGAAACAACCUGCAUCUUAUUUGCUGUCAUGGUCAACUUUAGACAUUCGAACCAAGUAUCAAAUCUUCAUUUGAAUUAGGGGUCUGGUAUGAAUUAAAUUCACCCCACAGAUACUAUAAGGAUGGAAGGGAAACAACACCUCAAAAAAAGUUAUUUCAUUUCUAAAAGCUAGUGCCCUAAGUACUCAUGAAUUUGAUUCUAAGAGUAGCAGUAUAAAUUUCCCUGUAGUCUUGUAUCCACAACUUGUAACUGACCUUUGAAUUUUGCUUUACACCAUUCUCCCUUCAUCAAGAUAUGUAAUUUAUUAUCUUUGAAUAGCUAUAAAACUAAGAAAGCUACUAACUUAUGAAAGAGUAAAAUUUGGGUAGCUGGUAUGCUCAAAGCAGCCAACAACGAAUAUUCUGUUUUUACCCCUCUCAUUAUUUAAAGGGAUACAGGACUUCGGGGGUCUUCCUCACUUACCAGAGGUAGCUUCUGAGACUGGCAUGCCAGGUGGGACUAGAAGAUGCUCAUGAGGUGGCUUCUUGUCCUUUUCCUACACUUCUGUGGCAUGGUGCUAGUGCAUGUACCCAUGUAUUGCCCUUCUGUGUGUAGUGCGAACUGUUCCGUGAGCUUAUGGCAGGUGACUGUGACCUUCAUAUAUGGCUUCAAAGAGUUCUGCAUGAACUCAGUAGUACAUAUGCAUCACAUGGUUGAGAGUUCCCUUUCCAGUUAGGGCUGGACUGCGUAGAGUAACUUUCAGAAUGGUAUUUCCAUGAAACAGGAGUGCUAGUUUUAUUCCCUCGUGUCAAGCCGAAGAGGUUCUUACAAAGUACAGUGGGUGGCAUCUAAGGGACACUUUACUCACAGCCUGGCUUGAGUAACAGGAACACUGUAGCACCCUCUGGUACUUCUACUUGAAUCAUAAUAUAUGCUUUUUCAAUCACUAGUACAGAACAGGCUACAUCUAGACACAGACUGUUAGGCAAUAAUUGAUUUUUCAUUUUGUUUGUAUUUGGUUUUAUUUUAGAAUAACAUGUUCAAAGUGAGAAUAAGAAAUAGAUAACUAGUUAAAAUGCUUGAAAAAAAAAUUACCCUUCUGUGUUUUUUAUGUAACUUAGGUAAGCCUUCUGAGAA